AUGGAAGAUCAAAAGCAGACGAGUUACAUGUUCGAGAUAGAUAACUUCUCGGAGAAGGAAUCUGUGAUAUCAUCACCAAAAUUUUUAAGCGGUGGCUGCGAAUGGUUUCUUAAGGUUUAUCCCAAAGGAGAACUUGGUUUUGAUGAUCACUUGGCUCUGUACCUCUGCGUUGCGAAUCCUCAAUCAUUGCGACUUGGAUGGAAAAGAAGAGCUACUUUUUCCUUCCUUCUCUUGAAUCAACCAGGCAAAGAUCUGUACAAAACAACCGAAUCGUGCCCAUUGUUCUGCGCUCAGGUCCCAUCAUGGGGUAGCGCAAAGGCCGUGGCUUCAGUGACUAGGCUUUUGGCGAAGCAUCCGGGCUUUGCAGUGAAUUUAAAACCAAAGAGCCAAUUGGUGAAGACAACAUACAUGAAUCUCCUCCUCGGUCUCAUCCAGACACUGGAAAAGCCUCCACAUAGCUUGUCCGAGACUGAGCUAAGCAACGCUCGCAGCGAGCUGAUCGAUCUAACAGAAGGAGGCUUCAAGCUAGACUGGUUGAAGACAAAGCUUGAUGAGGUUUCCAUGGGGAGGAAGAAAUCAAUUGCUGAACUCGAGGAACAAGUCAUGAAUCUUAAAGCUGAACUGAACAAAGAGAAGGUCAAAUCUGCUACUUCUGCAGCUAAGGUUUUGUCCUUAGAGAAGACCUUGUCGGAUAUCAUAAAUCUGAACAAGAAGCGGAAAUUAAGCCCUAAUUAAUUAUCCCGCUUAUUUAGGUAUUUUUUUAGUUUCUGUAAUCUCAGAGCAAAAGGUCAGAUCUUGUGGAUGUCAAAGCUCACGCUUCGUAACUCGGGAUUCCAUGUCGUUAAUUACCGA